UGUUUUGAUAUUCCACAUAAUAAAAUAUGUAUGAAAUAAGUGGUUAACUGUAAUUCGUAAAUUGUGUUGCGUUCAAAAACUGUGCAAUGGGGACGAUUUGGGAUAAACCGUUAGGAUUGAGCUACGGGAAAAUGGUUUUGAAAGACAGAACCUGGGAUGGAUUCAAUCGAUAGCGACACGUGUGUGUUAACCUUCCCCAAUGGCUGAGGUCCCGAUUGCAGUAUUUCUGUUGGAAAACAGCACAAAUAUAACAACCUCUUUACCAAGUCACUCAGCAACAGGCAGGGAGUCCACCGAAGGAGGGGGGACCCAGAACCUGUGGGGCCCCAAGCGGGACCCACUGUGGGUAGUGGUGCCUGUGACAGUAUAUUACGUCAUCAUCUUCAUCAGUGGCGUAGUCGGCAAUGUCAGCACAUGUGUCGUCAUCGCUCGUAGUAAACACAUGCACACCGCCACCAACUACUAUCUGUUCAGCCUGGCUAUCUCGGACCUACUACUGCUGUUGUCCGGUCUACCACCAGAGAUGUACCACAUUUGGUCCAACUACCCCUACGUGUUUGGCGAGACGUUCUGUGUGCUGACGGGGUUCGCCUCGGAGACCUCCACCAACGCGACUGUCCUCACCAUCACCGCCUUCACUGUAGAGCGAUACGUGGCCAUCUGCCAUCCCUUCCUGUCUCACACGGUCAGCAAACUGUCCAGAGCCGUCAAGUUCAUCAUGGCCAUCUGGAUCUUCUCGAUGAUCCUUGCUGUGCCUCAGGCUAUCCAGAUGGGCCUGGUCUACCUGAGAGACGAGGAUGGCCACAUAGUCAGUGAAGAGUACACCUCGUGCACCAUCAAACACUCCAUCAUCCCCUACUCCUUCUUCAUCUCCACCGUCCUGUUCUUCCUGACGCCGAUGACGCUGAUCACCGUGUUGUACGUGCUGAUAGGAGUCCGUCUGCACAGCUCCAACCAGAUCACCCACGACAGCUCCCAGCGACGUCGCAGAACUCUGGUGGUUGACAAGGAGACCCAUGUCAUCGUGAGGGGCAGCCAACGCAACGGGCAGCACUCCAAGAGCACCAAGAGAGUAGUCAAAAUGCUAGUGGCAGUGGUAGUGGCUUUUUUCAUCUGCUGGGCACCAUUCCAAGUGCAGCGACUGUACGCCAUCUACGGGUUCGUGGGAGAAGACACCACAGCCACCGAGAUCCUAGUAUAUAAGAUAAUGUCUAUUAUGACCUACGCCAGUGGCCUCCUGUAUUACCUCUCCACAACUAUAAAUCCAAUUCUCUACAACAUUAUGUCGCUCAAGUUCCGUCAAGCCUUCAAGAGCUCCCUGACCAAGUGCCUGGGUCGCGACCGCCUCCGCAGGUCCGGGGAGUUGGCUAGCAGCGGAGGCGGCGGAGGUGGCAGUCUCGGCGCAGAGGAAAUCACAAAAAUCGGGGUAAAAAUGCACAGCAUCACGAUGAAAUGGAAAAGCCCGAAGAAAAUCAAAGAGACGGUCCUUUGAGGACGUAUGAAUGUUAUAAAAGUCCUCGAGAGAGAUUGUGUUGUUGCCUCCAUGUUUCGGACUGUGUCUAAGUCCUUAUUGGG